UAGGCACGUAUAUAAGGUUAGCUUGAUGACACUUUUGAAUAUGGUUGACUUUGCUGUUGGAUAAUAUUUGACUUUGAAUAACUUGACAUUAUAAGGAAAUAUCCAAAAACUUAAUUUUACAAAUGCAUAGAGAAACUACAUAAGAACAAUGAUGACGCAACUGCAAGACAAGACUGCUAGAUGGCUGAUUUUUCUGAGCUGUAUACAUCUGCUUUUGAUGGCAGACACGAUCGCUGAUACAUCAACGACUGAUGAUUCCACAACUCUGGAUUCAACAACCACAACAACAACAACAACGGAAACAACAACAAAAUAUAGUACAGAUCCUACAUCUCUGAGCUCAACAACAGUUCAAUCAACAACAGAAACUAGCACAGAUUCCACAACUCUGGGUUCAACAACAUUGCAAUCAACAACAGAAACUAGCACAGAUUCCACAACUCUGGGUUCAACAACAAUGAAAACAGCAACAGAAACUAGCACAGACUUUACAUCUCUGGGCUCAACAAUAGUUCCAUCAAAAACAGAAACUAGUGCAGAUUCUACAACUCUGGAUUCAACAACAUUACAAUUAACAUCAGACUCUAGCACAGAUUCCACAACUCUGGGUUCAACAACAUUAAAAACAACAAUAGAAACUAGCACAGAUUCUACAACUCUGGAUUCAACAACAUUACAAUUAACAUCAGACUCUAGCACAGAAGAAUCCACAACUCUGGGUUCAACAACAUUAAAAACAACAAUGGAAACUAGCACAGAAUUUACAUCUCUGGGCUCAACAAUAGUUCAAUCAACAACAGAAACUAGUACAGAUUCUACAACUCUGGAUUCAACAACAUUACAAUUAACAUCAGACUCUAGCACAGAUUCCACAACUCUGGGUUCAACAACAUUGCAAUCAACAACAGAAACUAGCACAGAAUAUUCAACAACUCUGGAUUCAACAACAUUACAAUCAACAUCCGAAGCUAGCACAGAUUCCACAACUCUGGGUUCAACAACAUUGCAAUCAACACCAGAAACUAGCACAGAAUAUUCAACAACUCUGGAUUCAACAACAUUACAAUCAACAUCCGAAGCUAGCACAGAUUCCACAACUCUGGGUUCAACAACAUUGCAAUCAACAACAGAAACUAGCACAGAAUAUUCAACAACUCUGGAUUUAACAACAUUGCAAUCAACAUCUGAAGCUAGCACAGAUAUUUUAUCUGCACUAAAAAUGCAAUAG